CGCCCUCCCGGCGCCCUCCGGCCGUCCAUGCGGCUCUCAGCCCUCUGACAGCACCGCCAUGGCGCUGGGUGCCAUCGGGGACGGCCGCCUCCUCCUCCUCCUUGUGGGGCUGCUGUCGGCGUCGGGGCCAUCCCCCACGUUGGCCAUCCACGUGUACACACCGCGGGAGGUGUACGGCACCGUGGGCUCCCACGUCACCCUCUCGUGCAGCUUCUGGUCCAGCGAGUGGAUCUCGGAGGACAUCUCCAUCACGUGGCACUUCCAGGCCGAGGGCAGCCGUGACAGCAUCUCCAUAUUCCACUACGCCAAAGGCCAACCCUACAUCGAUGACGUGGGAUCCUUCAAGGAACGCAUGGAGUGGGUGGGGAACCCCCGGCGGAAGGACGGCUCCAUCGUCAUCCACAACCUGGACUACACCGACAACGGCACCUUCACGUGCGACGUCAAAAACCCCCCCGACAUCGUGGGGAAAUCCUCCCAGGUCACACUCUACGUCUUAGAGAAAGUGCCCACGCGUUACGGCGUCGUUUUGGGCUCCAUCAUCGGCGGCGUCCUCCUGCUGGUGGCUCUGCUGGUGGCUGUGGUUUACCUGCUGCGCUUCUGCUGGCUGCGCAGGCAGGCGGUGCUGCAGAGGCGGCUGAGCGCCAUGGAGAAGGGGAAGCUGCAGAGGUCGGCCAAGGACGCGUCCAAGCGCAGCCGGCAGCCUCCCGUGCUUUACGCCAUGCUGGAUCACAGCCGCAGCGCCAAAGCGGCCGCCGAGAAGAAAAGCAAAGGAGCUCCGGGUGAAGCCCGCAAGGACAAGAAAUAGCGGUUAGAAGGCAGGGAAGGUGCCCCGACCCCCCCCGAGGACGAGGAGAGCACCGCAGGACCCCCCAAAGCCCCGAAGGUGGUGAUGACCAUCGAGAUGGAGCUGCGGGGGGAGACCCCCACAACCGCCCGCUCCCCGUCGCGGGGCAGCCUGGCGGGCGCCCUGCGGAGCAUUCUGCGCCCCAACCACGCGGGGAGGUGACCCCAAAACGCCCCCAGCGCCCCCCCAGCAACGGGGACCCGGCGAGGAGCGGGGUGUGGUGCUCACCCCGGGUCCCCCCUCCCCACCCCACGGCCCCCCCAACAUCGGCACCUUCCUCUGCGCGACCGCUUCUCCCCCCCCCCCCCCAACCCCUCCCCCCCCCCCGACCUCUGAUGUAAUUUUUUGUCGAUUCCAACACCAAAACCAUCCGGGUUGGUUCCGCCCCCCCCUCCUCGGGGUCGGUGCCACCCCCUCCCCAUAGACC